CUUGAGAAGGUUAUGCACAUUAGACAACAUUCGAUGUUAUUCUAAAUUUAUUUCAUGUUUGAUUUUACUUGUGCCAUUAUCUUAUUUUCGUUCUGUGUCCUUUGCUUAAGGAGUGUGGUAUAUAUUCUAAUCUCACAAUUAGAGUUAAUGUAGGAAUCCUUGUUAAGGAAUGGGACCUUUUUCACUUAUCUUGUCCUCUUUUCCUAUCUUGGUUGAAAUGUAAUAGCCAUUCACAAGAGACAAGCCAUCCUAAUCCUAAACCAACACCUUCCAAUCAGCAUCCGUGUGGAGAUCUGGGUUGUUCAUCUGGUGGGACUCACCAUGUAUGUGCUGUUGCAAAAUGUCAGGCUGGUGUGGUCAUCAAAUGGGACAUGUGUAUGAAGAGAGUUGAUGGUGCUUAGAAAAACAAAUGAAUGACAGGUGGUUAACAAGCAAUCUUGGACAUCAACACACGUGUGUCUACUUGACAACCAAACCAGGUUAUUUUCAGGCCUCAACAUAGGCUAAAUGGGUUUGACCUGAUGCAUCCUUGGAUCUUGCACUCGCUGGCCAGUCAGGGAAGGGGAAGGGAUUUGGAUGGCUACCUUUUGGAGAGAGAUCUAUAGCCACCUCAAAAGGAUCUAUAUAUGAGUUUUUGGUUAUUUUCGAGGAUUUUUGGAGACUGUUUGAGGGAACUGAUGAGUCAUGGAACGCUUCUGCAUAAUUCAAGCUUCUUUCUUCAAUUUCAUCAACCCAUUAAUUCAUCAAUGUUGUUACGACAGCAAUCAUGCUGGAAUUUUGGAAAUGUUGUUAGUGAGGGCUCUAGAGGUCUCCAAGUUUCUAAGCAAGGAUGGGUUAGUGUCUAUCAUGCUCAAGUUAGGGUCAUGUGUUUGCAGAUGAUAGCUUCUAUUGAGAGAUAUGAAGUUGGAACAGAGGCCAAAAUUUGUGAUAGAGGAGAAUCAAAUGCCACUCCGUACAUACAAACUCUAAGAAAGCUACCUUUGGAAGAGCUUUCUGGAAAAGUUGUCAUGGUCAGAUUUGAUUCCACUCUUCUAUUGAGGGAAGCACCAGACAUUGAGAUUCAGUCAGUCAACAGAGCCCUUUUUACAAUCAAGUACUUGUACAAUGCUGGUGCCAAAUUACUUUUGGCUAGUGAUUGGGGUCGAUCCAAGAAUUCAGUGCUUCUUUCAACACAAGCUGUAGCAGAUCAUCUUUCAUCAGUUAUCCAACUGAAAGUGAUGCCAGCAAAUGGAAUUUCUGGUUAUAGGCAGCCCAAGAUGGAAGAGUCGGAGAAAACAGAUAUUCUUCUUCUCGAGAACCUUUCAAAGUCAAGAGAAGAGUUUGCAAAUUGUGUGGUAUUCGCUGAAAAAUUAUCAUCAGGAGUUGAGAUCUUUGUAAAUGAUGCUUUCUCCCUAUCUCAUAAAAUCCUUGCAUCCACUGUUGGUGUUGCUCGAUUUUGCCAUUCCUCCGUUGCUGGUUUUUGCUUUGAAGAGGAACUAUCUCAAAUAAUGGAGGUUGUGGAGACUACACAGUAUCCUUACCUAUCAAUUAUUGGAGGUGGAAAUCUCUUAGAAAAGGCAACUGCUUUGCGUCACUUAGCUUCUAAAUGUGAUGGGCUGGUGUUCAUUGGUAGGAUGGCAUUUCAAAUAAUGCAUGCCCUAGGACUGCCUGUUUCUUUGAAAUUUGUGGAACAUGGUGCAGUUGAAGAGGCUGCAGAAAUAAUCCGGCUUGCACGUCAUAGGAACAUACCAAUUCUAUUUCCGAAAGAUUUUUGGUGCGUGAGUGAUUUCCCACCAAAGAUACAUGAUGUAUUUCCUUCUACUGGGAUCUUGAAUGGUUGGACACCUGUUGGUCUUGGGCCUAGUUCACUGAGCGAAAUUUUCUCUUUGCUCUUGAAGUCCAAGAAGGUUUUGUGGAUUGGGCCAGUUGAAUUCGGUGCAUCAAGAGAGGAUACGCACGGGGCAUCUGAUUUGGCCAUGUUGCUUGAAAAAAUAAGUGGUGGCUGUGAUGUAAUUAUCGUUGGGAAUGCAGCAUGCAAAGCAGUUAUGGAGACCACAAGUUCUCUUUCAUCUUAUAGUAUGUUUGAGAGCGCCUCAGUUGUAUGGGACUAUCUUAAAGGAAGAACACUUCCAGGUGUUGCAGCUUUAGAUAGAGCAUACCCUUUUGAGCUCGACUGGAAUGCUAUAUUUGCCGAUCCAUCUCUGCCUUUAACGGUUGAUAUAGGAAGUGGAAAUGGUUUGUUUCUAUUUAAAGUGGCUAGGAGAUGUAAAAGUGUGAAUUUUCUUGGGCUGGAGAUAAAUAAGAAGCUUGUGAAACGAUGUCUAGAUUUUGUUCAACAACAAGGCUUAAAGAAUGUAUAUUUCAUCUCAACAAAUGCAACCACUACAUUUCGCUCCAUAACUUCUAGUUAUCUUGGAGAGAUGGUUCUUGUUUCAAUACAGUGCCCCAACCCUGACUUCAACAAAACAGAACAGAGAUGGAGAAUGUUGCAGCGGGGACUUAUAGAAGCAAUUGCAGAACUGCUUGCGACUGAUGGAAAGGUCUUUUUACAGUCAGACAUAGUAGAAGUUGCAAUAAGAAUGAAGGAACAGUUUUUGAUGUAUGGAAAGGGUCGUCUCCACAUUGUCGAUGGGGUAGGAGACAUUGAAGUUGAUGAUGGGGGAUGGCUAAAGGAAAACCCAUUUGGCAUAAGGUCAGAUUGGGAGCAACAUGUUGUCGAUCGUGGGGCACCCAUGUACAGGCUGUUGAUGGCGAAAGUUGACGUUGGAGGGAGUAAUAAGAGUGGCUGAUAUUACUAUGUUUAUGUCAGCAGGUCUUCUCACAUCAGCAUUUCCACAUUCAAGUCUACUUCCCAUCCCAAUACCAUGAUCUUUGUCAUCAUGUCGGCUUAUGUCUGCCCAUUCAUUGUAGGAGAAACCUGGUAGCGAAAUCUGGCUAAUUGUCCAACUAGAUCAGAUUGGCUAGAAACGUAUUAUCUAUUUGAAUAAUAUUGUAGAAUAUAUAAAUAAUUUAUAAUUGGCAUUACAAGAAAAAAUGUUGCACGUUAUAAAAUUUGCACUAACUGAUUA